CGAGGGCGAAAGCGGUAGGCGGGCCAGCAAAGAGCAAGCUGAAGAGGAGGAAAAGAGAAAAGAAUGCGAAAAGCCUCUUAGCGAACGGAGGCUCCCCGGGUUUGCUUGCUUCCCUUGAGAUGGGUUUCCCGAAGGCCUAGACACGCCUUUGCUUUCUCUCUUUCCUCCCAGCACAACGCUCACGCUCGCUCAAUCACUCCCCAAGAGCUGGUCUUGCUUUGAUGUCUCGUCUUCGUUUCUUGCGUCCUUUGUUUGCUAAAGCCUCUCUUCGUCUCUCUUCGUCUUUCUCCCUCUCUUCUUGCUCUCUCUUCUUUUCCUGUUCGCCUACUGUCGAGCUCGCGAACAAUUUUCUCACCUGCAUCUCUUCUCCUUUCGAAGCUGCACGCCCACCUGCUCACCACCCCCCUCUGGUCCCCCCCUCCCCUGCAUCUGCUGGUCUAUUGGGGCCAUUUCGCGGGAAUUGCGGGCUGGGGUGUUUUAUCAAUAGGGCGGUGCGGGUGGGUUUAUGCUGCUCGAGGUGUGCGGGUGCAGGUACUCCAUAGAAAAGCGCAACGGUUUUUUUUUUUUUUUUUUUUUUNUUCUU